AUGUCGGAGGACAGUGGGCGCGCGUCGCCUGCGUCCCCAGGCCCGCUGCCUGUGUUGGACGAGGAGUCUCUGGCGGCGCUGGAGCGGCGCGUCGAGGAGGAGCUCCGCAUUCUGUUCUUUGAUCAGCGUCCGGAAGCGAAGACAGCGGCAAACAGAUGGCUGUUGCAGUUUCAAGAGAGUCCCGAGGCGUGGCUGGCCGCUCGCCACAUCCUCGCGGAGCGUCUUCUGUUUCCUCUCCAAAACGCCUCUGCCGCCCGUGAAGGCGACGAACAGCUGGUGAUGGUCGCCGCUCAAACUCUUGCCUGGAAAAUCGUCCAGCAGCCUCACCACCUCAGUGCGGCGGAGAAGAAGCAGCUGGCGUGCUUUCUGCUUCAGCUCGUCGUCCCGCUUCAGCAGGCUCCUUCUGGAGACGCUGCUCAGGGCUCUCGGCCUGAAUUGUCCGUGGCCGUUCUCUCUCGCCUCUCCGAGUGCAUUGCGCACUGCAUCGUCCAGAGCUCCGCUGACGCGUCCGUGUGGCCAACUGCGCUUCCCGAUCUCCUGCAGUUCGCCCGCUUGCCUGGCCCCUCCCCCCCCGCCAAUGCGUCUCCCGCCUCUGCACCCCCAGUCUCGCUCUUCUCGCUCACGUGCUGCACGGCAGUCUGCGUCCUCGCGGCCAUCCCCGAUGUGCUCAAGGGCCUCGACGCCCCGUCUCGGGGCGUCCGCCGCGUCGUCGAGACCCCCCAGGCGCUGAGCUGCGAGAAGCACUGGAAAGCCGUCGUGGAUCUCGCGGCAGACAUCCUCCUCGCUGCGUCGCAAACUGCGGCCUCGCCCCUCUCGCCGGUUCCCGCGGCGUCCCCAGGAAGCCCCGUCAGUCCCGCAUGCACGCGGUACCGCACACUCUGCAUCGAGGGCGCGCUCCAGCUCCUCGUCGCCUGGAUGGGCCUCUGGGACGCUCCCUUUGCCCAGCACAACAGUCUCUGCCACGCCCUCGCGCAGGUCACCCCGCUGCUCGCAAAGGAGGCCGCGCUGACGGACUGCCUGGUCGCGGCGCUGCCCAAACUGCCGGCCUACAUGCAGCUGUGGAAUCUGUCGGGACCGCCCAGCCUCCAGCAGGCGCCGCGGAGCUCGAGCUGCAGCAGCCGCAGCCGCGUGCUCGAGGUGCGCGAAACCCCCUCGCCCGCAGGCGCCGGGGGAACAGGCGACCCGCAGGCGGGCGCCGACGCCUCGCAGCAGCUGCUCCGGGCGUGGGGCGACGGCGGUCUCCAAGCGACAGGGGGCGAGGGCGAGCUGUGCGCCGCGGUGGUCGCGCAGCUCAUCGCGUUUUCGGACCUCUUGAGGGCGGGUGGUGCAGGCGCCUCUGGGGCCUGGCAGGGCGCCGAAGAGGGCGAGGAGCUCGCGCUCCUGCUGCGGUGGGGCGCCGUCGUCCAGACCCUCAUUGAGGGCUUUCCCGGCCUCCUCCUUGGAGACUUUGGAGCCGCGUUUCCCGCGAGUCCCGGAGACUCCGCGGCCCCGGGGGCCGAGAAACAGUCAGUCUGUGGGGAGCUCCUGGUCCAGCUGUGGAGACGGCAACCGCAGACCUGGCUGUGUGCCAGCAACGUGUGGGGGGUGAUCAAGGAACUGCGGCGCGACCAGUUGCUGCCGCUGCCGAUUCUUCGCCUUCUGCUGCAGCGCCUCGCCCCGGCGUGCAUCUCGAACAUGCUUCAGCACUGUCGACGAGACAGUCCGGCCUGGGCCGCGCUUCCGGGCGAGCCGCCGUUGCCGGAGACUGUGGAGGAUCGGCGGCUGUUCAUUGAGACCGCGGGAGACGUCGUAUGCGACGUAUUCUUCCUCUACGACGCGUGCGGCGCGGAGGACGGCCGCGAGUUUCUUCAGUCCCUCGCACAGAGCAUGCAGGCAGCGCUCCAGCAGCGCGACGCGGCGGGUGCUGAGGUGCUGCUGCUGCUCAGCGACUCUCUCGUCGAGGGCCUGAAUGGGAUCCCUCUGCCUCUCGCGCCUCUCUUUCUCUGCCUGCCUGCUCUCCCCGACGACGACCCGAGCUGUGCGGCGGCGGCUGCGAAAAUCCUGAAGAAGGCCGCGAUCCACUUCACCGAAGAAGACCCCGAGUACGAGGACCUCAACGCCCCGCCCACGACCACGUGCGCCGCAGCCCUCCUCACGCAAAUCUGGACAGUCGCCCUGCAGACGCUGCUCAGGCUCCUGCCGCUUGACCCCGCGCUCGUCGCCGACAGCAUUCUCCAGUUGACCACCUGGGGCGGGCACCACCUUGGUGGCUUCUGCGCGGAGAGUGCCGAGGGGGCGGGACUCGCGCGGGCCGGCGAGGCCGACGGCGCGGGGACUCCGAACCGCGGCUCUGGAGGCGGACCUGCGGCUCUGCAGGAGCUCGAGUUGUUCUGCAAGUUCGUCGAGGAGACCGGGCCUUGUCAGAGUGCCCAAGUGGACGGCACGCUGCAUGCGGCAGCCGUGAAGCUCGUCCUCACGUUCCCGCGGCAAGACAUUCCCCGCCUCUUCAACAGCAGCAUGCGGGGGACUCGCCAACUCCUCCAGAGGUGCUGUGUGGGCCUGGAAGCCGCGACGCAGGCCGGCGACUCCGCAGCGGCUGAGCGGGCGAUGGCCGCCUGGAGGGAAGACGCCAGCCGAGUGAUUCAGCGACUCGAGCUGUGUUGCUGGGCGCUCUGUGGCGGGCGAGUGUGCACGUCGAGGAACGGCUCAGGCGGCAGUGCCAGUGGGUGUGCCCUCGGCACCGAAGACGACAGCCAAGUGGUUCGCGCCGCUCUCGAGUGCUUCUUCGUGGAAGACGACCUCUGGACGCUCUGGUUGCACGUGAUUCGCGGCGCCCUUCUUCUUCAGCCGACCCACAACCCCGCGUCGUCUGGAGGGGACCCGGCGGUCUUAUUCUCGCCCCUGACUCUUCCAGUCAACGCUGUCACGCGGCAGCGCGUCCACCUGAGUGCCUUGGUUGUCGACCUGAAAGGGAAGGAGCCGCUGGAGCCACCGCAGAACAACGAGGCCGUGCUGGCGGUGCUGGCGAUUCGAUGCAUGCGCCUCCUCCUGCGCGGCCUCGGCUCCAGCUUGACCGCGGCUAGCCACGUGUGGCCAGCGGUGGCGGAGCUCGUGACGCAGCUGGUGACGAGUGCAGCGGUGCUGACUAGCCGGGCGGCGCACCUCGCGCGCCAAGGCGCUGGCGACGCUGCUGCGGUUGGCGCCGCUCGCCCAGGGUCGCUUUGUGCUCAGGCUGCACUCCAGGCAUGUGGUGUCGUUGUCCUUGGGGACCUUUUGCGGAUUGCCAGGGAAGCCUGUCCCGGCGACGAGCGUGGGCCCGCGCAGGCCGACGAGAGGAGCGCAGCGCAGGGGCGGCAGUUGCUGCAGGCAGCGAAGACGUGGGCGUCACAGCGCCUCAGACAGAUCACUUCGUUGUUUGUGGAUCUCGGACGCCUCUUGACCCCUCAACAGGGAAUCUACGACAUUUACGCACCCUUCCUCGACUUCUUGCUCGCGUAUGCUGCGGCGGCUCCUGGCGUCCAGGCCUUAACGGGGAGUGCGAGCAAGGGCGGCGCGUUGGGCUGCGUCGGCAUCCGGGAAUUUCGACGAGGGACGGGCGGUAGCCGAGGCGACGAGCCGCACGGAGAAGGCGGCGCAUGCAAUGACCUCGAGACGAGAACGGGAGGCAUGCUGGGGCCAAAUGAUUUGUUUUGCCAGGUGGAGGUGUUUGAAACCACGCUGCAGCUCUGCAUAGAGACUGUACGCCAGUCUCAUGACGCAGAUGUCGCGCGCCAAGCGAUUCUCUAUUGUCAUGCGUGUAGCACGUGUGGAGCGCCGCAAGUCGAUCGGAUCGUCGCGAAACGCCUUCCAGAGAUCGUCGCGGCGACGCUGGAAAACCUCCACUGCUGGGGCCUCGAAAACCUCUCGGUUCUCUGGAAGGCGUUCGCUCUGUGGAGUGAAAGAUAUGACCAAGUCUUCCUCGCCACCACGUCUGACUGGCUCACGUCAAACUCCGGCGCCUCACCUGCGAGCGAAGCAACACGGGGGCGCACGAGUGCCUCGGCGCCAUCUCGACUGCGCGAAAUGGACCUCGCACAAAAGGAAAUCGUUUUUUGCUGCUUCAGAAGUUUCCGCGGAGCGCGGAUGCGUCAGUUGCUCCAAGAUCUCUGCUUGAUCGCUAGUGGGAGUAUUGUCCCCAGUGAUGCUCUGGUGGCAUACGAAUACGCUCUUCAGAGUGACCACUGCAAGGGGCGUCUCGGCUCUGGAAGGCGCGGAAAGGACCGGCUUCCGUCAGGCUUUACAGUCAUGAGGAAAGCCUCCAUAAAGGCUCAGCCGAUUCUUACGGGGCUUCUCGUCAAGAGGGAAGUUGCCGACGGAGUCGCUUUAACAUAG